AUGGAGAUGGCAAAUUCCUCUGGCUCCUGGCUGCCCGGCUGCCUCCUGGCCCUCGCGUUCCUCCUGCUGCCGGCGACCGUGUCAGGGCUCACCGGCGACCUGCACCUGGCCCCACUGGGGGGCACGGCCCAGCUGCUCUGCCCGCUGGCCCUGUGGCCGGUCACCGUGCCCACCAUGGUGAGGUGGCUGCGGUCCCCACACCCUGACGGCUCCCAGCUCGUGCACGUGUUCCGGGACGGGACAGACCAGGAGGAAGGCGUGACCCCCGAAUUCAAGGGGCGGACGGCGCUGCUCAGGGACCCCCAGGAGGGGAGCGUCAUCCUGGAGAUCCGUCAUGUCCGGCUGGAGGACCGAGGGCCCUACCGAUGCCAAGUCCAGGUCGGAAAUGUGACUCGAGACGGCAGCGUGACCCUGCAGGUGGCAGCCCCAUCUCCAGGGAGGAUCUCCUCCUCAGCAGUGGCUCUUGCUGUGAUCCUGCCUGUCCUGGGGCUUCUCAUCAUGGUGGGCAUUUACCUCAUCUGGAAGCAAAGAAGAUCGAAAGAGAAACUUCUCUAUGAACAGGUGAUGGAGGUAGAAAAUCUUCUCUCAGACCACGCAAAAGAAAAAGGAAGGCUCCAUAAAGCCCUCAAGAAACUCCGGAGUGAACUGAAGUUGAAAAGAUCUGCGGCCAACUCAGGCUGGAGGAGGGCUCGGCUGCACUUCGUGGCAGUGACCCUGGACCCGGACACAGCACAUCCCAAACUCAUCCUAUCUGAGGACCGGAGAGGGGUGAAGCUUGGAGAUAAAAGGCAACCUGUGCCCGACGGCCCCCAGAGAUUUGACUUUGUCGUCAGCGUCCUGGGCGCUGAGUACUUCACGGCGGGCUGUCACUACUGGGAGGUGGACGUGGGAAACAAGACCAAAUGGGCCCUGGGGGUGUGUAGUGACUCCGUGAGCAGGAAGGGGAAGGUCACUGCCACCCCCGCCAAUGGACACUGGCUAGUCCGCCAGAGUAGUGAGAACACGUACGAAGCUCUCACAUCCCCGCAGACCCCCCUGCGCCUGAAGGAGCCCCCGAGGUGUGUGGGGAUCUUCCUGGACUAUGAAGCAGGUGUCAUUUCCUUCUACGAUGUGACCAACAGAUCUCACAUCUUUACUUUCACCCACACUUUCUCUGGCCCCCUUCGCCCUUUCUUCGAGCCCUGUCUUCAUGAUGGAGGGAAAAAUACGGCACCUCUAAUCAUCUGCUCAGAACUCCAGAAGUCAGAGCCACCGACUGGCCCCAAGCCAGAAGAAAAAGUCCACGCUAAUGGAGAUGUGGCCAUGACGGUGGACCCUUCCUUACUGCCCCCUCGGGCACCCGAGCCUUUCCCACCCGAGGAUAUGAUCCUGCCCUGGCCCUCUGACCUUGGCUCAGCCCUUCGGGGACUCAAGGUGCCUUCCUUUUAG